AUGUCGAAACCGGAAGAGCACGGCGUCGAGGCUGUCUCUGUUGAGCAGACGCGCGCGGAAACGACCGUGGCGAGUGGUGAUGUGCAAGCAAAGGUGGUCUACAACGCCGAUUUAUUUGCCGCUAUCAAGGAAACUCCCAUCGAGCGAUGGAGUAAGGAAUCCAUCCAGCUUUACUGCUUCAUCGCGGUCUGUUUCUGUUGCUCUUGUGCCAAUGGUUACGAUGGCUCCCUCAUGAGCUCCAUCUUAGCCAUGCCUUUUUUCAAGGCCAAGUUUGAUUCGGGACUCGUCGGUCAGAAGACCUCGCUCCUCAGUGCCUUGUACAGUGUUGGUUCCAUCGCAGCUUUCCCAUUCGCGCCCUAUGUUAGUGACAAGUUUGGCCGUCGCGUGGGCAUGUUCACCGGCGCUAUCAUCAUCAUUGUCGGUGCCAUCCUUACUGCGAGCUCCAACACCGUGGCCCAGUUCAUCGUCGGUCGUUUCGUUCUUGGUGGGGGAAUCAUGUUCAUGACCGUCUCUGCCCCAGCCUACGCAGUCGAGAUUGCUCCACCACACUGGCGUGGCCGUGCAGUGGGCUUCUAUAAUUGUGGCUGGUUCGGUGGCUCUAUUCCUGCGUCUUUCAUUACCUAUGGCUGUCAGUAUAUCAACAGCGACUACUCGUGGAGAAUCCCUCUGAUCCUACAAUGCUUCACUUGUCUCGUUGUCAUUGUCUCCGUCUUUUUCAUGCCAGAGUCACCCCGUUAUCUAAUGGCCAAGGACGAGACCGAGAAAGCCAUCGAGAUCUUGGCUAAAUACCAUGGUAACGGUGACCGCCACGCUCGUUUGGUCAUGCUGGAGGUGGAAGAAAUCAAGGAGAACCUUCGCGAUGACGCUUUGUACAACAAGGGCAUCUGGGACUGGCGCCCACUCUUCGCCACCCAUAAUAGCCGCUGGCGUACACUGCAAGCUAUCAUGAUGGGUAUCUUCGGUCAGUUCUCAGGCAACGGUCUUGGUUACUACAACACGAGUAUCUUCGAUAUUUUGGGUUACACCUCUAGCAUCCAACAGCUAGGCUUCACAGUCGUCAACCAGGUUGUUUCCGCUACCGGAGCCCUGACUGCUAUGACCCUCACUGAUCGCAUGCCGCGCCGAAAGGUGCUUGUCUGGGGUACCCUUGUCGGCGCUAUCUUGCUAUGUAUCAACGCAGCUCUGCAGAACGCCCUUUCCAAAGCGACAGUCGACGGUGUUCUUACCAAUCAAUCUCUCGCACAGGGAGCUCUUGCCUUCUUCUUCCUUUUCAACUUGUCAAAUUCAUUCACGUACACCCCGCUUCAAGGUGUUGUUCCCGCAGAGGCUCUUGACACUCGCCUUCGUGCCAAAGGUCUUGCUAUGUACGGCUUGGUCGUCAACAUCUUCGGGUUCAUCAACUUGUACGCUGGACCAAUCGCGCUUCAAAACAUCCAGUACAACUAUGUGUGGAUCUUUGUUGGCUGGGACUUUGUCGAAACUGCCCUGUGGUAUUUCUUCUGUGUCGAGUCUCAAGGCCGUACUCUAGAAGAACUCGAGUGGGUCUACAACCAGCCCAGCCCAGUCAAGGCUUCUCUUCACGUCGACAAGGUGUUGGUUCGAAGCGAUGGUGUCGUCACCGAGAAAGUGAUGGAAUCUUAA